AUGACAUGGCUAGUAACCUCAAGGAGAUUCCUCCAGCAGAAAGAGGACCAAAAGCAGCAUCGUUGGAGUCAGGAAAGUGCCAGGGGAUGCUUUGACCAUGUCAACAAACGAGUUGGCAUUAUCGGGUACGGAGGAGUUGGUAGACAGAUCGCUCGCGUCGCCAGUGCACUUGGUAUGGAUGUUUGCGUUUUGACAGCCUCAGCCCGCCCUAACCCUGCUUCGCGACAGCAUCGAGGGUACUGCAUUCCCGGUACCGGGGAUCCGGAUGGCGCGAUCCCAAGCAUAUGGCACCACGGAGCCGAUAAGAUUGCGUUGCAUAAUUUCCUCUCCCUUGGUCUGCACCAUCUCGUUCUAUCUUUGCCCCUGACGGAGCAAACACACGGUCUUAUCGGAGAAGAAGAGCUGGCUAUCCUCUCGCGCCAUGCACCACCGGACCGGAAACCAUAUAUUACCAACAUCUCACGAGGCCAGAUUAUUGACCAGGAGGCAUUAGUUCAUGCUCUGGAGUCGGGCCAGAUAUCUGGAGCCUCUCUAGACGUCGUGCAUCCCGAGCCGUUACCAUCAGACCACAUGUUAUGGGAGUUACCGAAUGUUUAUAUCAGUCCCCAUGCUAGCUCGUACGGAGUAGAAUAUUUAAAGAGGGCUACGGAUGUUCUGAAGGAAAAUAUUGAUCGAUUAGCACACGGUGAGCCGUUAAUUAACGUGUUUGAUCGGGAUAAAGGGUAUUAG